CCGGCCGCAGCGGAACAGCGCUGAUUGGGAAACAUCAUUCCUGGAUACAAUUUCAUUGCAACAAGUUUGGACGGCUGGAAAAUAUAUCCGCUGCCUCAUCCACAAAGAGGUGCUGGAAGAAAAAAAACACUGACUCCUGUUUUCAACUUUCUCUGGCUUUAUUAAAAUCCACAAGAAGAAUGUUUCAGCUUGGGAGCCAGCUGGCCCAGUUUCACUUCUCCACAGGACCCAGUACUGCUAUUGCAGGUGCCACAGGAGACAGUACACAGCCUACCCUAACAGUGCAGGACUUUAUCCAACGUGUCAGGAAACUUGGCGGACUGAAGAAAGAGAACAUUUUCUGCGACCUACGAGUCCCGACCCAGUUUCAAACCACCAAGGCAGACGACAUCGACCUCGUCAUCCUCACAGGUCACGGGGUGUUCUGCAUCGACGUGAAGCCCUGGAGAGGAACGGUGUCUUCCCAGCGGCAGCAAUGGCACGUCCAGCUCAAAGAACAGCACCAGAACUUUACCAACACCUCCGUAGAACAGGUGGCUGACCCCAUUGAGGCCGUCAUGACCAAGACAACUAACCUAUGGCAGUACCUGAGGAGGAGCGGCCUGUCGGUGCGUCAGGAGCUCUUCCUUCCCAGGCUAGUCUUCCUCGCCCCAGACUGCCAGCUGGAUGAAGAGUUGCGGAAGAGGAGGGAGCUGGUCUCCCACAGUCAAAUAGAUGAGUUCCUCCGCUCCUUCAGAGAGGGCUAUGUAGCCUGGAUAUCAGACGCCCUGACUCCUGCCUGGCUGUCUGGUCACCUGUCGUACCGUCAGAUAGGUGAGCUGAAACAAGUGGUGAGGAAAAUGGGGACCUGGGACCUGGUCAGACUACAGGGAGGAGAGCAGCUCAAGGGAGACUUCCGGAGCUGUCCUUACAUCGCUCUGAACCGCCAGGAGACUGACACCAUGGAGUUCUUCAAGAUCAAAACCCUGUCUGCUAAUUCGCUGUGGGCUCUGCUGGGACACGCCCCUCAGGUGACGGUGAAGAUGUAUAAACGUGGAUCUCCGGGCUGGCUGGGGAAGCCCCUGACGUCCACCAGCACCAUCCCCCACAACACACAGGUCAUCUUCCGGAUCAACGGAGAGGAAACGGACGCCAGGAUCCCCGCUAACACCAUCCAAAGCAUCACACUCAGCAUAUGA